UGCUUUUUAAAUUUUUAAUUUGUAAUUAUACUGUUAAUGAUUAUGUGUUAUAUCAUGUUAUAAAUAGGCGUUCUCAUUGUUCCCAAAUAAAUGUUAUUUGUUGCACAGUACACUUUUGUUAAGAAGAUUUGCAUGAAAUAUCCCUCUUCCUUCUUCAAAGUCUUAAGCUGUUAAGUUUAGCAGCGAAAUGUUACAAGUCGCACCACUGUAAGAAAUAAGAAAUUUGAAAAAAAAAAAAAAAAAAGCAUGAAGCAGUCUUCUUUAUCAAAAUAUUUUACUCAAAACCUUUCUUCUUAUCCUCGCAAAAGAAAUGCUCCAGUUUGUAUUGCAGAAACAAUAGAUUUUUCAGAGAAAAUUCCAAAGCUCCAGUCUUCUAAAAGUUCCAGUGCUGAUGUUCUUCCAGAAUCUACUAGGAAAAAGAUAUUAGCUUUUAAAUGUCAGAAACAAGAGGAUCCAAAAGCUUCAUCUGACACAAAAGAAGACACAUCAAAAGUUUCAUCAUGCUCCGAAAAAACAUCAUCACGGGCAGUUAUUUUGCAUAAUUAUCGUGAAAUAAAUUGUGAAAAUAACAGUGAUACAAAUCAUCAAAAAUUGGAUAGUAAAAAGGAAAAGUAUACUCCUUUGGAAGAACAAUAUUUAAAAAUAAAGAAUCAAUAUCCAGAUGCAGUUUUGUUGAUUGAAUGUGGAUACAGAUAUAAGCUAUUUGGAGAAGAUGCGGAAGUUGCAUCAAAGCAUUUAAACAUGCCCGUGUAUAAAAAAUACAAUUUGAAACAUACAGUAAUCAAUAGUGGAUGCAUAAAUAGUUAUAUUAAGCGGCUUGUCUUGAAAGGCUUCAAAGUUGGAGUUGUCAAACAGACCGAGUCAACAGCCUUAAAAGCAGCUGGUGAAAACAGAAAUGAGUUGUUUACCAGAGAACUACAUUCUUUAUACACUAAGGCUACACUUAUAGAUGAUCCUAAGAUUUUAGAUUCUGACGAGACAAAAGAAAGUGGAGAUGUCUCUUCUGACUUUUUAAUAUGUAUCAAUGAAGAGAAAAUGAACAAAACUGAUCAUGUUCAAAUAGCUGUUGUGGCUGUAGGAGUGUGUUCUGGGGAUGUUUGCUAUGCUUUGCUCGACGAUAAUUUAACAAGAAAUCAGCUGGAAGAUUUUCUGGUCAGCACAAACCCUGCAGAGAUUCUCUAUUCCUCAGCUUGUUUAAGUAAAAAUACUAAAAAUCUCUUGGCAAAUUUUUGCAAUGAAAGAUCUGUAAGAGUUGAAAAUGUAAGGAGUGAAUUGUAUGAACAAUCGAGUGCUUUAGGGAACAUUUCAAAAUUUUUAUCAGGACAGGAAACUGAAGAUUUAGUGUCUGAAACAGUGGAUGAUAUGCAAACUGUUCUGUCUCUGCCUCCUCUCAUAAUUUCUUGUCUCUCAGCACUUGUAAUUCACUUGAAGAACUUUGGUUUGGCAAACAUACUAAAAAAUAUCAGAUACAUAAAGUUGUAUUCAGAGCAAAGGAAAAUGGAAUUAAGUGCAGCAACUGUAAAAGGUUUAGAACUUUUGGAAAACAAUUCUUGUCACUCAGAAUAUGGAAGCUUGUUUUGGGCUAUUAACAAAACAUCAACAAAAUUUGGUGAACGAAUGCUCAAAAAGUGGAUUUCUAAGCCUUUAAAAUGCCUAAAACUCAUAAAUGAAAGAUUAGACAUUGUUACUGAAAUAAUUCAUUCUGAUUCAGUUAUUUUUAAAGUUAUCGAAAAUACACUUUAUAGAAUGACUGAUUUAGAAAAGAUUUUGUGUUCUGUUUUACACGGCAAGUGCAGCUGUUGUGAUUUUCUCAAGUUAAUUGAGGCAUUUGAAAAAAUUAGAAAGGAGUUCCUUGCAGUGUUGGAUAAAAUUGGUACAGAAAUUCAAACAGAAAAGCUGAAAAUCACUUUGAUGGCUAUUGCGAAUCAACUUCAGCACAUUGAAGAAUUUAAAACCAAUAUCAAUCCUGAAGCUGCAAAAGAAAAUGACAAGAUGAAUGUAUUUCGUGAUGUUGCUUUGUACCCAUCUGUAAAUGACUGCAAGAUGAAAAUUUUGAGUGUACAAAAAGAAUUGAAUGAUCUUCGUCCAGAAAUCUGCAAAAUAUUGCGAGUGCCUGCCAUCAAGUAUGCUACUGUAGCUGGACAAAAGUAUUUAAUUGAAGUGUCAAACGAUCGUGUUGCAGCUGUACCUAAUGAUUGGUUGAAGAUCAAUGUGACAAAACAUGUAUCACGAUUCCAAAGUCCUGAAGUUAUUAAACUCUGCAAAGAGCUAGAUCAACAGCAAGAAAAAUUGCAGAAAUAUUCUAGUGAAGCUUGGGAUUCUUUUUUGAAUGAAUUUGGAAAAGGUUUUCACAAGUAUAAAAAAGCUGUGUCUCUUUUAGCUCAAUUGGAUUGUUUCUUGAGCUUUGCUAAACUGGCAAAAGAAAAUAAAUAUUGCAGGCCUGUUAUUUUAGAUACAGAAGAAAAGCAUUUUAACAUUGUACAAAGUCGACACCCAGUUGUUUGGAAACUGAUUGGUGAUGAAACUCAGUUUGUUGCCAAUGAUUUACAUCUAAAUGCUAUUAAGCAAUGUGCUAUUAUCACAGGACCCAACAUGGGAGGAAAAAGUACUUUUGUGCGCCAAAUUGCUUUGAUUGCUAUAAUGUCCCAUAUAGGUUGCUAUGUACCCGUUGAAUCUGCUACAUUACCUCUCCUUGAUGGAAUAUAUGUUAGGAUGGGUGCAAAUGAUGACUUAGUACACAAGAAAAGCACUUUUAUGUGUGAAAUGAGUGAAACAUCAUACAUUUUGUCCAAAGUUUCACACAAUUCAUUUGUUGUGUUGGAUGAACUUGGUCGUGGCACAAGCACCCAUGAUGGAACAGCUAUUGCGUAUGCAACUUUAGAAUAUAUUCUUGAAAAGGUUAAAUGUUUAUCAUUGUUUGUCACUCAUUAUCCUGAUGUGAUGGAAUUAAAAAAGAAGUAUCCUGAGAAUAUUUUGCUGCUACACAUGGCAUACAUUAUGCAAAAUGAGUACCCUGACUGUAGCAUUGAAACUGUUACAUUUCUUUACAAUGUGAUUGAAGGAAUUUGCAAGAAAAGCUACGGGAUAAACGUGGCAGCCAUGGCAGGGAUUUCUAAAGGAAUUCUUCAUGAAGCUCAGAAAAAAUCUUUCGAGCUACAGCAAAAAAUGGAAUUACAAAGGAAAAUAAAAAUGCUUAUUUUGAAGAUAAAUUCAAGAUGAAAAAUGUCAAAAACACACAUUGUAUGUAAAAUCAAAUCUUGGCCAAUGUAUAGUCCUAAUAACUUAUUUUGAAGUGAAUGAAUUUUGUCU